AUGUAUACAACUUACUUCUCCCAUCUUAUCACACCAUCUCUUGUCUUACGGAUUUUGCUAACAUUGCAACAUAGGUACGUCUACAAGCCCGACCAGGUCAAGACCGAUGCGCUCGUUGUAGCCAUCCACCCCUGCGGAUCCACCGGCCAGAGCUACUUUGGCUGGGCACCCUGGAAAAAGGGCUCGGAUUCCAAGGGCUACAUCACCGUGUUCCCGAGCGCGACGGCGUCAUGCUGGGAUGUUUCGAGCAAGGCGUCGCUGUCGCGUGGUGGUGGCGGCGAGUCGAACGCUAUUGCGGAUAUGAUUGCGUAUGCGACUAAGCAGUACAAAAUCAACCCCAAGAAGGUUUAUGUGGUUGGAGAGUCGUCUGGUGCAAUGAUGACGAAUGUCUUGGCGGCGGCGUAUCCCGAUCUUAUUGCUGCGACUUCAGUGUACUCUGGUGUCGCCGCUGGAUGCUUUGUGUCGGCUUCUGGAGGGGUGGCGGCGUGGAACAGUGAAUGCGCUCAAGGGCGCUCCAUCAAGACUGCGCAGCAGUGGGGUGAUAUUGCGCGCGCAAUGAAUCCUGGCUACAGUGGCUCGCGUCCCCGUGUUCAAUUCUGGCAUGGCUCUGUUGAUGCCACCAUCCUCCCGCCCAACUACAACGAGACGCUCAAGCAGUGGACCAACGUGUUUGGAGUCAGCACUACGCCUACAAGGUCGCGGGCCAACACGCCCCAGACCAACUAUCGCACCGAUGAUUUCGGUUCCAACGUUCAGGGUAUCUGGGCAGUUGGUGUCGGACAUGGUGUCCCAGCUCACCAAGCUCAAACUGAAGCCUGGUUCGGAUUGUAA